UUCAUCAUCAUCAUCGAGGGUUUCAGAGAGAGAGAGAGAGAAAGAGGGGGGGAGACCAGGAUCGAGAUCGUCGAUGUCGCUGUUGUGGGAGAAGAGCGAGGCGUGGCGAUGGAUGGUGCGCAAGACCCGAGACUCUCGCUCCUUCUUCAUCGCCUUCGCCACUCUCUGCGGUGUCAUCCCCGGCGUCAUCGGGUACGGCGUCAUGCAGGUCACCAGCUCCCGCAACGAGGAGCUCGAGGCCCACCUCCGCAAGACCGCUCGCCCUGAGUCCCUGAUGAUGGGGCAAGUGAACCGGGAAAGGCUAGCAGAAUACCUUGGAGAGCUUCAACGCAAGGAAAAUACUAAUGAUCGAUAUGUAGCAGCUCUAAGAGGAGAAACACUGACGAGGAAUCCAUAUGUUAGGAUUCAACCAGUACCGAAGCAAACCAGUGAAGGUACCACCAAAGCACCAGAAAAGUAGAGUGGCGUUGUUGUGAUGUGGUAUCAUAUGCAAUCUAAAUGUAACAAAAUGUUUUGCUGAUACGUGAUGGAUAGCGAUGCAACUAAUGAUAAGAAAAACUUGCAUCUUUGAUGCAACUUGAUGAGAAACUAUUGUAUCUCUGGUUUUUAUUUUGGUUCUUUAUUGCAAAGUGAAGGUGGAUCUAGUGUGGAGCUAGCUUAUCUUGUUCUUGUUGGAUUAAUAAUCCUUUCUUCAG